AUGGCCAGCACCGGCGACGCAAGCAUGCAGCUUGCGCAGCAUCCGGACAUGACAAUAUCGUCACCUAUGCCCGCUUCGCUACAAGCAGCAGCAGCGGGGCUCAACGAAGAAGAUGCCAAGCUGCUUGCGUCGCUAGCCGAGGGCAACGGCCUCUUAUCGCAUCUCUCCAAUCUGGCAGCCCAGAAUGCCAGCUCCGAUCAGCUCAUCCAUGCCUAUGGCGGCCUCAUGCUCGAUUCCUCUUCAGGAUUGCCGUCGACCGAUCCAGCCUUUGACGCUGCGCAACAAGCUUUCCAAGGCGCCGUCGAUCUCAAUGAAGCGCUCACACGCCAAGACAUGGAUUGGGACGACGAGGCCUUCGAUGACCUCGAGCCAGAAGACGAGGACGACCAAGACCAAGGUCCCAUCCAGGCCUACGCCAAGCUCGAGUUUCCUGGCUUUUCGUACUACAUCCAAACGCUUGACGUGACCAUCGGCCGUCGACCUGGCCAGCUGCAGCCCAACCAACUCCCCGGUGCCCUGCCUCCCCAACUUCCCAACGCAGCUUCCGGCCUCUCUCAGGCUCACAUCACUUCCGAAUCCAAGACCGAAGGCGACGUCGAUGUCGAUCUCGGCCCGCUCAAGUCCAUCUCGAGGCUUCACGCGCGCAUCUUCUACUACACCGGUCCCGUUCAUCCUCCUCCCAACGCCGCCUUUGUCAAUGGCAACCCAGCCCACAGUCGAAGCUCGAGCGGCAACGGUGCCGGUACCUAUCGCAUCACCUCGCCCACCGCCCUUAGUCGUGUCAGUGGCUCUCACCUUGCUGGUGCAGAUGGCGUCGCACAGGACCCGUACAACAUUGCAUCCCGCAUGGGAGCGGUCCCCGGCACAGAUCCCGAGCAGGGCGAAGGUCAAUUCGUUCUCAUGGUCAUGGGCCGCAACGGCGCUUUCGUCGAUGAUGUCUGGGUAGAAAAAGGCGGACUCGUGGUCCUCGGCAAGCGCACCAAGAUCCAGAUCGCAGAGCGCGUUUUCUACUUUGUUCUCCCACCACCUCCCGGCGCAGCAUCCUACAGCAUCGACGGCGACAGUCAACGCGCCCACAAUUCUGAAUCCGAGUCCUUGUCCGAUCUCAGCAGCGACGACCAAGAGGACGAUGACGAUGAUAAGGAUGACGAGGACGAGGACGAAGACGAUGAAGAGGAAGACGAAGAGGAAGGAUCCGUGUCUGCAUCCAGCGGAGGGGAGGACGAAUACGAAGGGCAGGAUGGCACGAAGGGCCGCCGGAGAUCGUCAGCAGCAGGCGGCAGGGGCAAACUUGAUCCCGCACGUCGGGACGCAAAGCCAAAACGAAGGCUCGUCCUCAAGCCCAAGUCCAAGGUCGGCAAAGCAUCCGACAGUGCUGCUGCAGACGACUCGGACGAUGAAGCGUUGGAAGAGCAGAGCAAGACCACCAGCAGAAGGGGCAAAGCUUCGGCCAAGACCACCGCUGCUGCUCUCGCCAACAGAGCUGCAGGCAAGGGCAAAGGCAAAGGCGCAGGACAAGGCAAGAUGCCGACCAAAGGUCCCGUCCCAGACACGCGUCCCGACGGCGACGACAGCGACAGUCUCGGCACUCCGAGUGCAGGAGAGCAGAGCAGCGAAGUGGAGGAGGAGGAAGAGGACGACGACGGCAUCGUCACGCCGCCACCUAGUAAUCGUCGAGGAAGCACGGCUGGCAAACGACCGACCAAAGGCGUCAAAGGUCAGAAGGCGGCCAAGGGCGCCAAAGCUGGCAGAGCCAAGGGCGCAGAACCGGAUGGCAUCGGAGAGGCAGCUGGGGUCAAGAAGGAAUCCCCAACGCCUGCCUGGGCCAUGGGUGCAGGCAUCGCAGGUCGUAAGAGGAAGAGAGGCGAAGCAGCGUCCGAGGAGGAGCCCGCUCUCAAGGUGGGUACGCCCAUCGGUAUCGAAGCGCUCGAUGCUGCCAAGCGCACCAAAGCCGCCAAGGCUCGAGCCGACGCCUCUGCGCGCAUCACUUCGGUCAGUCCCAAGAAGGGCAAGGCGACACCCACGACAAGCGCUGCAUCUGCUUCCACGACGGCGGCGACAGCUUCAGCAGACGACGAUGUUGUCAUGGUGGAUGUGAAACCCGCCACGACGACCAGCGCGAGUUCGUCGGCAGCGGCUCCUUCUUCCAAAGCAGCAUUCGCGCCCAUCGCGCCAGCUGUUGCGUCGAACAGUGCAACCGCAGCGAUGCCUGCCGCUACCACGACCGCGAGCGCACCUGCCGGGCCCGCUUCCAAGGUCGGUCAAAAGACGACCGAAAAGACGGCAUCCGCUCCGAGCGCAGCUGCCAAAGCGAAGCCAGCAAAGGCAAAGCCGGCCAAGCCAAAGAAGAAGAAAGGGGCGGCCGAAGAGGUGUCGCCGACGCCUUCGGGCCUUGCUGGCACACCAGGCUCCACGGUCCCAGGCACUCCUGUCGGCCCCUCGACGAUGCCCAUGGGCGCCUUCCCUGGAUCCUUCGCCGGCCAGAACCUGCCGCCCACCUCGAUGCCAUACGAUCCGAGCUCGGCGUCCGCCGCUUCCGCUAUCAUCGCUGCGGCCCAUGCUGUCUCUGGCUCGAUUCCCGGGUACGGUUCCGCUUCUGCACAAAUGUUGCCAAACGCCGCUGGACCGAUGGCUUCGACUCUGCCCAUGAUCCCCACGGCUGCUACCGGAAAGGCGGGUCCGAGUGCAUCCGGUGCCAACGCAUAUGGCUCCACGUCGGCGACGACAUCGCUCCCUGCUCCGAACUCGACACCGGGCCCUGCGUCCACUGCUAGUACCUCGGGCUCCGAUCCUUCCACUUGGCCCACGACAGCUAGCAUCAUCGCCUCGGCAGCCAGUCUGGCCAAUGCGCAAGCCAAGCAGAGUCAGAAACCGGCCGCCGCCGGCGUUGGAGGCACCACCCCGAGCACAGCAAGCGCUGUCCCGACCGCAUCGCUAGCCCCGGCCCCGGCUGCCCCCAAGCCGCCGCCCGGGCCCGAAGACAAACCGGAUUUGACCAACGUCGAGCUCAUCUCGCAGGCGCUUCGCUCCGAUCACUGCACCAAGAAGAACGGCAAGCUCACGCUGCAAGAGGUGUACGAGUGGAUCGCCAACAAGUGGGUCUGGUUUAAGCGCAACGGCAGACACACCGGUCGAGACUGGCAGAGCUCCAUCCGUCAUGCCAUUGGCUCGACUCGUGAAUUCACUCGCAUCCCGCGCCGAUCGGACGAGCCGGGCAAAGGCAUCUUUUACACCAUGUCCGACUCCAAGGUGGCCGAGCAGCAUCGUGCCAACCUGGCCAAGCAGAAGGAGGAGGCGGCCAAGGCGGCAGCAGCUGGUCCGCCUGCCCCCGUUGGUGCCGCUGGUGUACCUAGCGCCAACACGCCUGGUGGUACGACCGCAGUUGGUCCCAAGCCAGGCGCGAGUGCCACUACUGCUACAGCGAAUCCAGCAUCGGCAGCUGCAGCAGUUGGAGCGGCCGCGACAGCAGCAGCUGGCACACCCGGAUCGUUGCCGGCGAUCCGCAUUCCGCUCAUCAUCGGUACGCCCCCGUCAUCCGCUGCAGCCGCCGCGGCCGACAAGCCCAAGGCUGCGCCGGGAACGAUCGAGUCGCUGCUCGAAACGCCCCCCAUCGUCCACCACGAUGGCAAGCUGUACCUCAGCCCGCAAGUGUUUGGCCAUCUCAACGCCGGACAGCUGGCGCAGAUCGAAGGCCUAGGCGCCCAGCAGGCUCUGCAAGUGCUGCAAGCCUACUUGGUCACGCAUCUGAAGGAGCGGAUGAAGCAGCAACAGGUGGCAGCUCAGAGCAAGACCGCUUCCCCUGCAGGUCCGACGCCGGCAGCCAAUGUCAAGCCAGCAUCGACUACCUCAGCAGCUGCUGGCAAGGCCACGCCGGCACCCUCACCGGCACCAGCUGCCUCUGUGUCCACUACCACUGCUGGAGCGAACGGCACUGCAUCGCCGGCCAACAAAGCGGUCUCAGCGACGACGGCGCUUCCCAAGCCGCCUGUGUCGGCAACGUCUUUGCAUUCGAUGACGACGCUGCCCAAGCCGGUGCUGCCUACGCCUGUCAAGCCCGCCGUCGCCGGCAGCUCACAGAGCGCGACUGCGAGUGCCAAGGUCAACACACCGGGCACAGCGGCCGGCUCAACUGGAUCUCCGGCCACGGCGCAGUCCACUUCAAACGCAUCUGCGCCAGCCAAAGCGCCCGUUCUUCCGAGCACACCGAUACGGCCUUCUGUCCCUGCGACUACUGCGGCGACCAAGGCGAGCACGCCGGCUCCUGCUUCCGCUGUCACAAACUUGGCUGCAUCGCCGGCAAAGCCAUCGGCCGUUACGCCAGUCGCUUCCGGCAGCGCGCCGCAGAAAUCAGGUUCGCCGGUCAAGCCGACCGCAGCUUCGGAGGCGAAUGGAGCCGGCAAGCCAACAUCGAGCAGCACCGCUGCCGCAUCUGAUGCAGCCGGCCCCAGCGCCUCUCCCGCACCCGCCGCGACCGACAGCGACGAUCCGCUCUCAGCACUGUCGGCGCUUGCUGCGCACCCAGAAGCGGCGGCACUCAUCGCACUCUUGCGCAAGCAGCAGCAGGAGAGCGGCGCGAGUGGCGGCAAGCAGCUGGCCAAGCUCACGCCUGGACAGCUGCAACUGCUGCAGAUGGCCAACAAGCUCGCGGCGCAGCAAGGCAAGAAGGGCGGCAGCGGCAAGAAGAAGAAGAAGGCAUCGACGGGGGCUGGCACGCGGGAAGGUACUGCGACUCCGGGGCCUGGUGAGUCGUCACCGGCGCCUGCAGGACCCAGCCCUUCGCCUGGACCGAAAGUGGGCUGA